AUGGAAAAUCUUCCUAGUGAACUACUUAUAGAAAUAUUCAAGUAUAUCGAUACCCCAAUUUCGCUUAUCCUUGUUAGUAAAGAAUUUCAUAGGCUGUAUACUAUCGAUGUUCUAAAUUCUUUACUAGCAUUAAAAGCAAAUCUAUCUAGAUAUUUCGUACAAAGACUAUUACUACAAUACGGAAAAUAUGAUGAAGAAUUGAUUAAAUUAAAAUUACAAGACAAUAAUAAUUCUGUAUUUUUGAAAACGAUCGUUUGUCAUUUGUUUGAUUUUGAUACAGAGACUAAGGGAAAAUUUGACGAUUUAGAGAAAAAAGAAGAGAUUUCGUUAUCUUCUUCAUCCAACAGCAACAAUAUUAAAAUUCAAAACACUAAAGACAAUAAUUUCAAUCAUCAAACCACUGGAGAUAAUACUUACAUUCAUGAUAAAGAUACUUCAUCAUCUAUAGAGGAAGAAGUUAACGAUGACUAUUUUAUUAAUUCUAUAAUUAAAAAUUUUGCCGAAAAAAUUCUUUCGACCUAUAAUGAUUAUUGCAAACACCAUGUACCAUUCGAGACCUUCCAUUUACAACUGUUGAGAAAAUCAAAUGAGGCCACUACGUUGAAACCUUUUUUUGAUAUUUUUUUACCAAGAGUAUUCAACAUCGAGCCAAUAACACACCAAUAUGAAGAAGCAAAAAAAGAUGGCGACAACAAGAAUCGCAGUCAUAACAAUAGUCAAUUGAACAAUAUGGAUUCUGACAAAAAAAUAUGGUUUCAUGAAUUAAAAAAAGAAUACAAUCUGAUAUUUAAUGCUUCUAAUGACAUUUACUUUACUGAUUUAUAUAAAGACAAUAUCAUUAUGAUACAUGGUUGUAUAAUAAAGACAAAAGUCAUUUGA